CAGAAGGCAGUGGACCUCGUUAGCUACACUCCACUAAAGCGUUUUACGUUUGACAGAAUGGACUUCCGCGCGGCUGUGCCAAACACGGACCCGUGACAAGUUGGAGUGGAUUGCUCCGUGAUAUCAUUCUACUCUGAGACGGCUCCUGACCUAAGCAUCUCCAAAUGUCAAGUGACAAUGGUUAAGCCAACGCUGGACAAGUGCUCAUCCCCAGCAGAUUACAUGGACACCACACGGCCCUGUUCUGCUGAAAGGUGACCUUCAGACAUACUCCCCGCAACAUUUGCUUUUCGCUUGAGAGGUCACCACAGCGAAACAUCAGCCCCUAAUCUUGCAGUAAUUUCAUUCAGCAUAUUUUGUUGCGUCAGAUGCCCUCCCAGAUCCCACCCUCUUCGUUUAUGUGAGCUUCAGACCGGAACAAAGAGCACUCUGGCUGUGGCUUGUGAUCCCUUGUGGCUGGAUAUUGCAGUCGUCUACAAUUGUCUAGAAUAUGCCAGGACCUAACAAUGAGCUCCAACAGCACAGACCCUGGCCUCUCCCUUACUGCCAUCACUUUAAUGCCCACCGAAGGAGUCUACCCACAAUCCAAUGCUCUCUACCGAGGACAAACUGGAGGUUACCCCAUGAGCAGCCCGGAUGACAACUCCUCUUCAGCCAACAGACUGUGGAACAACACCACACAACUCCCUAAUAUGAGCACAGACAUCCUGGACCCUCUGGGGGGUCACCAGUUGUGGCAGGUGGUUUUAAUCGUCCUGGUGACAGGAAUGCUUUCACUUGUCACCAUAAUUGGCAACAUUCUAGUUGUGGUGUCAUUCAAGGUCAACCGCCAGCUAAAGACAGUCAAUAACUACUUCCUGUUGAGUUUGGCUGUAGCUGACCUCAUCAUUGGGGUCAUUUCUAUGAACGUGUACACAGCUUUCUUGGUGAUGGGCUACUGGGCCAUGGGAAACUGGGCAUGUGAUUUAUGGCUUGCUAUAGACUAUGUGGCCAGCAAUGCCUCAGUGAUGAAUUUACUGGUCAUCAGCUUUGACCGCUACUUCUCCAUCACCAGACCUCUGACUUAUCGGGCCAAACGGACCACGAAGAGGGCAGGAAUUAUGAUCGGGUUGGCUUGGUUUGUGUCUCUGGUGCUUUGGGCACCAGCUAUUCUGCUCUGGCAGUUUUUUGAGGGAGAGAGGACAGUACCCUCACAUGAAUGCUACAUUCAGUUUUUAUCUGAGCCCACAAUAACCUUCUGCACAGCCAUGGCAGCCUUCUAUCUGCCUGUGACAAUUAUGAGUGUUCUGUACUGGCGGAUUUACAAGGAAACUCAGAACCGCUCUAAAGAGCUGGCUGGUUUGCAAGGGUCUGUUGGACGUGGUGCCAUUGGACCAAAAAGGGGGAAUGGUACAGGUGAGAAGGCCCAUUUUGUCCAUCAGACAGGAAGUGGGCGGAGCUGUGGCAGCUAUGAGCUUACCAGAAUGUCCAGGAGAAAAAGUACAUGUAGGGAGUUGGUUGGUCGCCUACAUUGUUGGCCUGGAGUUCGAUCCUGGAAACCUGGUAGUAUCAGACAUGGAGAGGGGGACCCGGACCAGAGCAGCAGUGACAGUUGGAACAACAAUGAUGCUGCCAUGUCCAUGGACCAGUCUGGCUCGUCAGAGGAGGAGGACUGUGGAGGGAAGGAGGUGCUUUCCCAGAGUCACACCAUUUUCUCCAUUGUCCUUAGUCUUCCAGGGAUUAAAGCUGCAGUCAACUCCCAGCUCACAUCAUGUGAAGAUUUAGACGCUGUGUCAGAGGAGGACCCAUUGAGGGGCGCAGAGUACAGCCAGGACAGCCUCACAAGGGCCACAACAAACAUCACAACGUCAACCACUUCAGAUGGGGCUAAUAGCACCGACAACAGCUAUCACCAACACUUCAUGUCCCGUAAGAUCCAGUCAAUGCCCAGCAUUCAGGCUAAUGCCAACACAAGCCUGUUAGACGGUCAAGCAACCACUGCCAGUGACUCUUCUACCACCAGCAUGACCACCAAAUCUCCCUCUGUCCCAAUUUCAUUCAAAGAGGCAGCGCUGGCAAAGCGUUUUGCAGCCCGAGCCCGAAACCAGAUCACUAAGAGGAAACGCAUGUCCCUAGUAAAAGAGAAGAAGGCAGCUCAGACACUAAGUGCCAUCCUCUUUGCUUUCAUCAUCACAUGGACACCUUACAACAUCAUGGUGCUCAUCAAUGCCUUCUGUAAGGACUGUAUCCCGGCUGUGCUGUGGGCGGUGGGGUACUGGCUGUGCUACGUCAACAGCACAGUCAACCCCAUGUGCUAUGCCCUCUGCAACAAGACAUUCCGGACCACUUUUAAGAUGAUCCUCCUGUGCCAGUGGGACCAGAAAAAGAGGAGGAAGCAGCAGUUUGAGCAGAGACAGUCCGUAGUCUUCCACCGGAGGAUUCCCCGCGAGUCCACGUAAAGGACAGACUAUUAGAACGAAGGGUGAAUACAUUUCCCAUAGGACAAGCAAACCUGAGAAGCAUCAUCAUGUUGUUUCUGUGGAGUUUUUGCUCAUAAAUCCUGCCUGUGUUUCGGUUGAACACAGCACAGUUAAACAAACAUGUGGUGUCCUUGCCAUGUUUGUGGUGGUACAUGUGUGCCUAUAAUGUGUGUGCUUGAAGUCAUGUGAAGGUGGAGUCUGUCCUUCAAGAAUCAUUUCAUGCAAGUUUUAGAAUGACCUGAACAGAGCAUUCAAGAAAAGGGCUAAACAAUGUGCUGCGAGAGACUUUCGAAACAUGCAUUGAUAUAUUUCAAGUGCUUUUGAUUCAAAUGGAUAGAAGGAGUAUUGGAUUUACAUUUCCUUCCAUUUUCUGUGGGUAGCUAGAUUUGUAAGGAGCAACGUUGUUUGCAUUUUAAAACAAAAAAAUGUACUUGUGAAUUGUCACUCAAAAGCCAAGAUCGUAAGAGUUUGUGCCAUACCAACUGGCACAAAGUUUCUAUCAGAACUGUGUACAUUGCCUUUCUACAUGGUUAUAGCUUUCCUGUGUAUGAUGAUGGGUUAUAAAAAGUUCUUAAUAUGCGUACUUACUGCAGUCAAUACAGAGCUGUAUUUUUGUGAUAUUGGAUUUUUUUGUUUAGGUAUUUACAAGAUUUUGAGCCAGAAAAAGAAGAAGUGAGUUGUGGUUAUGUGUGGCACCACAGUCAGUGAACUGCUGUUGUGUUCAAUGUGAUUGUUGUGUUUUUUUAUGGUGGAAACUAAAGUACUUGGGUUGUGUUUUAUGUGCUUCAGGAUUUUCUGUGAAGAGUAUCGGUUAUUCUGUAAUGAUCAUAAAAAAUAUUAUGUUUGUGUAUAUUUGAAUAUUUCUUCAUCACAUUUGGUGGCUGAUUGCACACAUAAAUGCAUCAUUGUAUUAUGAUUUUGCAUUUUCAAGCUGUACUGUAAGAAGGCCAAUACACCUUUAGUCUUGUAGAGCAAUGAUGCCCUCUAGUGGUCAAAUAAAGGUGUGACACUGUCAGUGCUGAUACUGAUGCACAGUUAACUAUAUUUGCCAAUAUUUUGCAAAUAUAAAGGCUAGCCUCUAAAGGAAAUAGCCCUUUCUUUUAUCUUGUGCAAUAUAACCUACGACUUAAAAUUGUUACCUAGCACAAGGAAAACUCAAGAACUGUUGAGCCCUCCUUUCUAUGUUCACUUUUAAAACUGAUAGUUAAGUGUAAUUAAUUUUCUUUAUGAAUUGAUAUGUGAAUAAUAAUUCAACAUGGACCCAGGUUCCAAAAAAUAUAUACACUUUAUUUGUAAUGCCUAUACGUCGAACUAAUGCAUUUUUGAAUCACCAGAUAUUUUCAGAAACAAAUAUAUAUAAUGUAACAGGUGGGGGAUAAUUCUAUAUAUUGGAGAGUGACUAUAUAGAAUGAAUGUGAUAUAACAUAGAAGGAUGGCUUAUGUGUUGUGUGAAAAACAUUUUCAAAUGUCCCAUCCCCCAUCAUCAGUGGAUUUUUUUGUCUGCUUUAUCAGUGUGCUAUAGUGUGACAGUGCAUUCUUUAUGAAAUAAGAGAUUUUUUUUGUUCUAAAUAUUGAGAAUGUACACUAUUAUGAUGUUGCCACAAACAUUUUGUUACAUUUUAAGUAUGCCAAAUCUACUCAUAUUUGUAUUUCAAGUCAUUAAAAGACUUUACU